GUGACCCUAUAGGUCAAAGUAGAACUGCUCGGUUUCCAAGGAGCGGCUGGUGGAUUUGAACUGCCAGACCUUUGGUUAGGAGCCGAGCUCUUAACCACUAUGCCACAAGAACUCCACACCUACCCUAUGGCCCAUCAAUUCCACUCCUAUGUAUUAUCAACAUUAGAAAGAGUAAACAAAUUAUAUUUAUUCAACAGAAUACUCCCUGUCGAUAAAGGGGAGUGAACCAUUGAGACAUUCAGUAUUGAUAAAUCACACUAACGUUUUGCUUCAUGGAAGAAACAUUCCACACAAAAAAAUACGUACUAUAUGAUUCCAAUUAUGUGAAGUCCUUAACCAGGCAAAACUAAUCUAUAAUAUAAAAAAACAUCAGAAUGGUGGCUGUCUGAUGGGGCAGGUUAGAGGAGCAGAUUGGUCUAAAUCAGCCUAAUCAAACUUGACUGAUCAUCAGCUCCCUGGAGAGCUUUUAAAAACUCCGUUGGCAAUGAGUCAAUUCUGACUCCUGGAAACCCUGCAUAUGUGAGAAUAGACCUGUGCUCCAAAGGGUUUUCAAUGGCUGAUUUUUCAGAAGUAGAUCACCCGGACUUUCUUCCGAGGUGCCUCUAGAUGGACUUGAAGCUCCAACCUUUCCGUUAGCAAUCAAGUGCCUUAACCCUGUGCACCCAGGGACUUUGGAGAGCUUUUUGAAAAAUACAGAUUCUGUGCCCUGUCCCUGGAUACCACGAUCCAGUUAGAUGCGAGACGAAGAGGAGACAGAAAAAAAGCCUGAGAAGCUGAGAGAGUGUGGGGUUAUGGGAGCCAAGAGAAGAGAGUGUUCAGGAAAGAGAGAGACGGAACUUGGGUUGAAUGCCACUGAGUCGUGAGAUGCAGACGGGAACCUGUGUAGAAGUAACCAACUGCUGCAGGUCAUACUGACUAUGCACCGGAUUAUCGUCUCCUCUGCUGAGCUUCUCCAGAAAGUUAUCACCCUCUAUAAGGAUGCCUUGGCAAAGAAUUCACCAGGGCUGUGCCUGAAGAUCUGCUAUUUUGUGAGGUAUUGGAUAACAGAAUUCUGGAUCAUGUUUAAGAUGGAUGCCAACUUGACCAGCACGAUGGAGGAGUUCCAGGAGCUGGUGAAGGCUAACGGUGAGGAGUUCCACUGCCGCCUCAUUGACACAACUCAAAUCAAUGCCCGUGACUGGUCCAGGAAGCUUACGCAAAGGAUAAAAUCGAAUACCAGCAAGAAACGGAAGGUCUCCCUACUCUUUGACCAUCUGGAACCAGAAGAGCUGUCUGAGCAUCUCACCUACCUUGAGUUCAAGUCCUUCCGAAGAAUAUCCUUUUCCGAUUAUCAGAAUUACCUUGUGAACAGUUGCGUGAAGGAGAACCCCACCAUGGAGCGGUCCAUUGCCCUGUGCAACGGCAUCUCCCAGUGGGUGCAGCUGAUGGUUCUCAGCCGCCCCACCCCGCAGCUCCGAGCAGAAGUCUUUAUCAAGUUCAUCCAGGUGGCUCAGAAGCUCCACCAACUACAGAACUUCAACACAUUGAUGGCUGUCAUAGGUGGGCUGUGUCACAGCUCAAUCUCCAGGCUCAAGGAGACAAGUUCGCACGUCCCGCACGAAAUCAAUAAGGUCCUGGGUGAGAUGACUGAGCUGCUGUCCUCCUACAGAAACUACGACAACUACCGGCGAGCCUACGGGGAGUGCACCCACUUUAAGAUCCCCAUCCUGGGGGUGCACCUCAAGGACCUCAUCUCCCUGUACGAAGCCAUGCCCGACUACCUGGAGGACGGAAAGGUGAACGUCCACAAGCUGCUGGCCCUUUACAAUCACAUCAACGAGCUGGUCCAGCUGCAAGAGGUGGCCCCACCCUUGGAGGCCAACAAGGACUUGGUGCACCUGCUGACGUUAUCCCUGGAUCUCUACUACACGGAAGAUGAAAUCUACGAGCUUUCGUACGCCCGGGAGCCAAGGAAUCACAGAGCCCCCCCACUGACACCUUCAAAGCCACCAGUCGUGGUGGACUGGGCCUCAGGAGUAUCUCCCAAACCUGACCCAAAGACCAUAAGCAAGCAUGUCCAGAGGAUGGUGGACUCUGUCUUCAAGAACUAUGAUCAUGACCAGGAUGGAUACAUUUCUCAGGAAGAGUUUGAAAAGAUUGCUGCAAGUUUUCCGUUUUCCUUCUGUGUGAUGGACAAAGACAGGGAGGGCCUCAUCAGCAGGGAUGAGAUCACGGCCUACUUCAUGAGGGCUAGCUCCAUCUACUCCAAGCUGGGCCUGGGCUUUCCUCACAACUUCCAAGAGACCACCUACUUGAAGCCCACCUUCUGUGACAACUGUGCUGGAUUUCUCUGGGGAGUGAUCAAACAAGGAUAUCGAUGCAAAGACUGCGGGAUGAACUGCCACAAACAAUGCAAAGACCUGGUUGUGUUCGAGUGCAAGAAGCGAGCCAAGACCCCAACGGCUCCUGCGGAGAGCAGCUCCUCUGUGGGGCCAGUGUCCAGCCUUGGCUCACUGGGAGCCAGAGACCUGCUCCACGGACCUGAGGAGGGACCUUUUACAUUUCCCAACGGGGAGGCUGUGGGGCACAGUGAGGAAAGCAAAGAUCGGACCAUCAUGCUGAUGGGCGUGUCACCACAGAAGAUCUCUGUUCGGCUGAAGCGGACUGUCGCCCACAAGGCCACGCAGACGGAGCCUCUGCCUUGGAUUGGCGGUGACAGUCCUUCUGGUCCUUUUGUGCUAUCCUCCCCAAGGAAGGCAGCGCAGGACACUCUCCACUUGCUUCCCAGUCCCCCAUCGCCGUGCCCCAGCCCGGUCUUGGUAAGAAAGCGGGCUUUUGUCAAGUGGGAGAAUAAAGAAUCCCUCAUAAAGUCGAAGGAGGAGCUCCGUCAUCUCCGACUGCCAAGCUUCCAAGAGCUGGAACAGGAAAUAAAUACCCUGAAAGCAGACAAUGACGCCCUAAAGAUCCAACUGAAAUACGCACAGGAGAAAAUAGAGUCCCUCCAGCUUGAAAGAAGCAAUUAUGUCUUAGCUCAGAUGGAGCAGGGUGACUGUUCUUAACCCAGAAGUUUAAGGAGCACAGACUGGAGAAGAGUGUCCUGGUAAGCCUGUGUCUUGAACUGACUGACAGAAAGACCCAGGAGCCUCAGACGGACCUGCUUUGAAAGGGUGCUUGUAAAAGGAAAGGCCAGUUACUCUUUUUGACCUAGAAGAUUCCUGACGUGCAGCACUGUUUCCUCUUUCAGUCAACUGAAUCAGAGGGGAGGAAAGCUGAAGAAGGCAAAACUUUGCCAUUCAUAGCACAGACUUUUUUCUGGGACUGUCACCAAGAGUGCUGAAAACGUGACUGUCGUUUCCUGACAAAGUAACUUCUCCUUAUGUGGCCUGCCUGGCUGCUGCUGCUUUACAGCUGAAAUCCCUGGGAAAGGAAUUUGCUUCCUUCCUGGUCUUUCUGGGAACUCAAGAGAUUUACUUUGUCCCAUCCAGUCAAAGUUGAUUAUGGAAAAAUACUCAUAUUCCAGAAGUAGAUUGACUUCCUCUCUGUCCCAGCAUUCUCUCUGAAUCUGGU